AUGGCGACCAAGGAUAACAUCAAGCCUAAGGAGGACGAGUUCUCUAUUAAACCAACCACGGUCACUCCGUCUGUUGACACGAGCACAUGGCCGUUGUUGUUGAAGAACUACGACAAGCUUCUCGUCCGAACUGGACAUUUCACUCCCAUUCCCAAUGGCAGUUCGCCGUUGACUCGAGACCUUAAGUCCUACAUCAGCUCUGGUGUAAUCAACCUCGAUAAGCCUUCGAACCCCUCCAGUCACGAGGUUUUGCUUGGGUUAAAAGAAUUCUACGUUGAGAAGACAGGUCACAGUGGAACCCUUGAUCCUAAGGUCACAGGUUGCUUGAUUGUCUGUGUUGAUCGUGCUACUCGAUUGGUCAAGUCUCAGCAAGGUGCCGGAAAGGAAUAUGUUGCCGUUAUUCGAUUACACGAUAAGCUUCCUGGUGGCGAGGCGCAAUUCUCACGAGCUCUCGAGACCUUGACCGGUGCCCUCUUCCAGCGACCCCCUCUAAUUUCUGCUGUCAAGCGACAGCUUCGUAUCCGAACCAUCCACGAGAGCCGAGUCAUCGAGUUUGACAAUGACCGCCACCUCGGUAUUUUCUGGGUCAGUUGCGAGGCCGGAACCUACAUCCGAACACUUUGUGUGCAUAUGGGUCUCCUACUUGGUGUAGGUGCACACAUGCAAGAACUGCGACGUGUGCGAAGUGGUGCUAUGGACGAGACGAAGGACCUUGUGACGCUCCAUGAUGUUCUCGAUGCCCAGUGGAUGAUGGACAACACUAGAGAUGAAUCCUACCUGCGCAAGGUCAUUGCGCCCCUUGAGACUCUUCUUACGUCGUACAAGAGGAUCGUAGUCAAGGACAGCACUGUCAAUGCUAUUUGCUACGGUGCGAAGCUCAUGAUCCCUGGCUUACUACGAUACGAGGAUGGCAUUGAAGUUCACGAGGAAAUUGUUUUGAUGACGACAAAGGGUGAGGCUAUUGCUCUGGGUAUUGCUAUGAUGUCGACCGUCGAAAUGUCAUCUUGUGAUCACGGUGUAGUAGCAAAGGUGAAGCGAUGCAUCAUGGAGCGAGACCUGUACCCUCGACGAUGGGGCCUGGGUCCUACUGCUACCGAGAAAAAGAAGCUGAAGGCAUCUGGAAAGUUGGACAAGUUUGGACGAGCGAAUGAGGCAACACCCGCCAAGUGGACGUCGGAAUACAAGGAUUACAGUGCUCCCGCUGAUGGCGUAGCAGCAACGCCAGCUGCUGCUGAUGUUUCCAUGACCGAAGCUCCUGCCCAAACUCCCUCGAAAGAGAACCCUUCCUCACCUACGCCUGCCACGGCCGAGGACGACAAGAAGAAGCGCAAGAAGCAUGAUGGCGAGACCGCCGAAGAGAAGGCCGAGCGCAAGAGACGCAAGGCAGAGAAGAAGGCAGCCAAAUCAAAGCGCUCCUCGCUGGGAAAGAAGGACGAUUCUGACUCAGAUUAA